UCUCUCUCUCACCGUCUGAAUUUGUCUCAUCAUCAUACGAAAACCAAAAGAGAGAGGCAAAAAAAAAAAACCCUCACGGACGAAUCAACCCUAACGUUCCAAUUCCAUCGGAAGAUAUCGAACGAUCCCAACGGAAUCAUUGACCGGCGGAGACGAUGUCUUGCUCUAUCGCCGUCACGAAUUCCCCCGUUUUCUCGCCGUCCAGAGGAGUCGUGCCGGCUUCCCUCUUCUGCAACAUACCCGCGAUCAUCUCCUCUUCGCCGGAGGCGCUUUCCCUCACCCUGUCCCACCUCAAGCCCUCCGCUCCCUCCUCCUCGUCCUGUCCUUCUCCUUCCUCUUCCAGUUCGCCGUCGUCGCCCUUCAGGAUCCGGCUCCAGAAGCCGCCCAGCUCGCUUUCCAACACCACCACCUCCUCUUCUACCGUCGCUUCGGCCUCGAUCUCCGGAUCUGGAUCCUCGCCGACCAUCCCGAAGAGGAAGAGACCGAUGAGGCUGGAUAUACCGAUCGCAACUUUCAGCUUUGGCGCUCCGGCGACGCCUUCUGCUUCGGCGGCUUUGGCCAAGGAUGUGGUCUCUGAGGAGAGGGAAGAGUAUGGAUAUUCAGUCUAUUGUAAGAGAGGGAGGAGGGAAUCUAUGGAGGACCGUUAUUCCACCACGCUUAACAUUGGCGGAGAUCCCAAACAGGCCAUGUUUGGCGUUUAUGAUGGACACGGUGGCGUAAUGGCUGCUGAAUUCGCUGCACAGAACCUAAGUAAGAACAUCGUAGACAAAGUAGCUAGAGCAGAUGGGAAUGUAGAUGGAGUUCGGGAAGCAAUCAAAGAAGGUUACCUGAGGACUGAUUCCGACUUUUUGAAAGAGGAAUCACGCGGUGGUUCUUGCUGCGUCACAGCCUUAAUUAGGAGAGGCAACCUCGUUGUCUCUAAUGCCGGUGACUGUCGUGCCGUCAUCAGUAGAGGGGGUGUUGCAGAGGCCCUCACGUCCGACCAUAGGCCUUCCAGGGAAGAUGAAAAGGAAAGAAUCGAGGCGCAGGGUGGGUAUGUGGAUUCGUACCACGGUGUUUGGAGAAUUCAAGGGUCCCUUGCGGUGUCUCGGGGAAUCGGAGAUAGGCAUCUCAAAAAGUGGGUGACAGCCGAGCCAGAAACUAAAGUAGUAGAAAUCAAAGCAGAACAUGAGUUCCUCAUUCUCGCUUCCGAUGGAUUGUGGGAUAAGGUCUCCAAUCAAGAAGCAGUAGAUAUCGCUCGCCCUUCAUGUUUGGGAACAAAAGGGGAGGAACUAAUGGCUGCUUGUAGAAAGCUUGUAGACCUCUCUGCAUCCCGCGGCUCUUGCGACGACAUAAGCGUGAUGCUGAUCCAACUGAAGCGAUAUACGUGAUGCGAUAGUUUAGCCAUUACAGAAAAGUCUGACAGAUUGAUUUGAUGGUCUUGGUAUUAUUGUCGGGUAGGUCCCUAAUUGAAAGGCAUACUACAUAGGAUAUAGGAUGUGCAAGGAGCAGAGCCCAGUGGUAGUAGCAUUAUAUAUAGAGUAUGGCAAGUAAUAGAUAGAGGUGGUGAAAAUUUAGAUGUGAUUAUUGAUUUGUAGCUUACAUACACGACGAUAAUGAUUGUAACUUUCUGACCAUUCAUCUCUGGGGUUUUCAGAACCCUGCAUCUCAAUAAGAAGCCUCUCUUGCACGGACUACUCAGGAUUAUAUGA